AUGUGGGCAAGGUGAUCGGCGCGAUCGUCAGUUGUGCGGCAGGCUGGCUAACGGACGGACAUGGAUUUCGACGAGGUGCUGCGGGAGGUUGGCUCCUUUGGGCUCUACCAGAAGGUCAUCAUCUGCUCGGUGCUGCUGCCGGCGGCUCUGCCCUGUGCCUUUCACGCCUAUAGCCAGUUAUUCAUAGCGGCCACACCGCAGCACUUUUGUCGAGUUCCGGAACUAGAACCCUGGACACAGGAUUACGUGCAACUGGUAAAGAACCUGAGCAUACCGCGUAAUCACAAUGGAGCCUAUGCUGAGUGCUCCAUGUACGCUAGGAACUACAGUGAUAUAGUGCGCUAUCUGGAAUAUAGACCGCCUCCGGAUUUGAUGCGUCAGCAGGCCGAGGAUCUGCUUAAGUUGCAGCCGCAAACAGCGCGGAUAGUGCCUUGUGUGCAUGGAUGGCACUACGACAAGUCCAUCUACUCCAGUACUGUGGUUCAGGAGUGGAACCUGGUUUGCGACCGUAGCUUCCUGGUCACCCUGGCCUUGGUGGUUUUCGGUGUGGGUGGACUGCUGGGCAACUAUGUGUUCGGAUAUCUGGUGGAUCUGUGGGGCAGGCGACCCUCGUUCUACGCCUAUCUGCUGCUCGAGAUCACGGCCUGUGCGGCCAGUGCCUUCGCCUGGAACUAUUAUACCUGGCUGGCACUGCGAUUUGUGGUGGGAUUGACGGUGCCAGCGAUCCUGGCCAGUCCCUAUGUUCUGGCCAUUGAGCUGGUGGGUCCGGAGAGACGAGUCUUCUGCACCAUUGUCUCGAAUAUCGCCUAUUCCUUGGGCUUGGUGGUGCUGGCCGGAGUCAUCUACAUCGUCCGGGAUUGGAGGGAACUCAGUUUGGCUGUGUCCAUGCCGUUGCUGAUGCUCUUCUCCUGCUUUUUCGUGCUGCCAGAAUCACCGCGUUGGCUAAUGGCCGUGGGAAAAACCAGAAGGGCCAUGAAAAUCCUUAAAGUGAUGGCCAGAGUGAAUGGCGUUCGUGUAAACCGAGAUUUUAUGGAGCGGCUGCAGCGAAAGUUGGUCAGCACAAGGGCUGCGGAGGCGGAAUCUUCGUCGAGUACCCACUACGGCAUCCUGGACCUGUUCCGGGGACCAAAUAUGCGCCGGAAGACGCUGAUCAUCACACUGAUUUGGUUUGCCAACACGAGUGUCUACGUGGGAUUGAGUUACUAUGCUCCUGCCCUUGGAGGAGACGAGAUCUGGAACUUCUUUCUGGCCGGGGCGGUGGAACUGCCCACCUAUCUGCUGCUCUGGCCGGGAUUGAGCUACUUUGGAAGGCGAUGGAUCCUGUUCAUCUCGAUGCUGGUGGGCGGAGUGGCCUGCGUGGCCACGUUCCUCUUUCCGGACAUCACGCUGCUGCUCUACUGCGUGGGCAAGAUGGGCAUUAGUUCGUCCUUCGUGGUCCUGCCACUGCUGGCAUCGGAAUUGUAUCCCACGGUGGUUCGUGGACUCGGAAUGAGCUUCAGUUCGGUGGUGGCCAUGGUGGGUCCUAUAGUCAUUCCCAUGAUUAAUCAUAUGGGCCAGCAAAUGCUUGUUCUACCACUAAUUGUAAUGGGUGCUCUACUGAUUCUGGGAGGAUUUGCAAGUCUCCUUCUACCGGAAACCCGAAACCGGAAUCUUCCACAAACUUUAGACGAGGGUGAGGCGGUGCCGCUAAGUUUCCUCCUUUGUUGCUGCGUGGAAAGCGAGCGCAAACCCAACAAUAUUCGAGUGAAUCCCCAGAAAAGAACUAUUCCGGAGGCCGGAACCCCGGUGUUCCAUCGCGUGGACACUCCUGUCUCCGGACGAGCUGCCUGCAAGGUCGUUUGUAGCAUAUGUAAUAAGGAAAUGCGUACUCUUUAGUUAGUCAAGGUUGUUUUGAAUUAAAAAUACCAUUCAAGUUUGAAAGAA